GCUUUCAAGGGAGCCCUGAUGAGCUCAUACUGGUGCUCGGGGAAAGGCGAUGUUAUCGAAGACUGGUGCAGGUGUGACCUCAGCGCUUUCGAUGAGAACGGACUUCCGAACUGCAGCCCUCUCCCUCCGCCUGUCCUGCGGCUCUCCCCCACCGUGGAGCCCUCCAGCACUGUGGUCUCUCUGGAGUGGCUGGACGUGCAGCCUGCCAUUGGGACAAAGGUGUCUGACUACGUCCUGCAGCACAAGAAGGUGGACGAGUACACAGACACGGACCUCUACACAG